GUUGCCUGGUACAUCCAGAUCCGAUUCGGUGGUUCUCGAAACCUGCCACCGCCACGGUCGUCUGCCCCAAUUUCCCCGGAGCUGCUGAAGGCUGCGGUUGUUCUGGCGUGCCGACGAUGGAAGAUGUUGCCCACAUCUAGAUCCGGUUCCUCUCGCUGUGCUCCCGCGGCAGGAUGGCACCAGUGUUGUGCUGGUUGACUCGAAUACUGGGUCCGGGUCGGGCAGCAUGUUGGCAGCGGUAGUCGAGGUAGGUCGUAGGGUGACGGCACCGUUGGCGUCAAGCUUCUCGAACAAGGUCCGCGCAGUCUACAAACCGGGUCAAUCCUAAGGUGCCGGGCUGGACCAAAAGGUAUGACCUGAACCAUGUCCUAGGUAGGUGUUAAUGUUUCCUGAAUGUUGCGUUGUUGUCCUGUAAUUCUAUGAGGUCACUGUUGUGGUACUGGUAUGUUGGAUUACAGAUCAACCCUAACUAAAAUUGGUCGCUCAUGUAAUGUAUGGCUGGGAUAAGUAGGUAGUUAUGCUCGGCCAGUACAUAGAUUGUUCUUACUUGACAAAUCAGGUUAUGUCUUGGGAGUGCACCUCCAGACAGACCGUCGUGUUCAUCUAGGAUGAGUGCACAGACCGUCGUGUUCAUCUAGGAUGAGUGCCUUAGAGCAGUCAAUUCACAAGUGUAGUUCGGCCUGAACCAGGACCGAGUUUCGACUUGCUUGGUGAGGCGUAUGACUUUACAAUUUGUAUUCGUGGGACAUUGGGUUGGGGCUAAUGUAUUGGCAAAAGCAGAUUGAACACCAAGGACCAAGUCGAUGCAAGAGAACAUUUGUGACUGCUUUGCGCACGCAAAAUACUGUUUAAUCAUUUAUGUGAACUAUUUAAAUAGUUCAAUUGUCGUUGAGUGAUGCUGUAUUUUGCAAGCAGGGGAAGCUAGAGGCCGAGAGCAGCAGGUCAUGCAGAUGCGAGUGCCCUGCUUUGAUAUGGCUCUUUCGGGCUUCUUAUAGUUUGUAUGUAACAGAGCACCAUGUAAACCACAACCAUUCCAUGUCUCACCAUGGGCCAAGGGAAAACAAUGUAAACCUCAGGAAGGUGUACAACAUUAUUGGAAGUGUUUCAGCUCGGUUGAGAAGGUGUUGUUCACAAAGAGGGCGCUCAUGAACACAUGGUGUAAGAUAAGCCGAGAGCGAGCUGAUGAUGAUGUGAGAAAGACGUUGGAAGUGUUCGCAAACAUUGUUGCAGGGGACCCAAACUUUACAUAUUCUUGCUGAUAGUGAUAGCGGGGUGCAAACUUUGAUGUGGACAAAUGGGAGCAGCCGAAUGCAAUAUCGAUUCUUUGGUCAUGUGGAUGUGGUUACAUUCGACACGACGUACUUGGCAAAUCUAUAUGACAUUGCUGUUUGGGCUUUUGUGGGAGUGAAUAACCAUUUCCAAAGCAUCAUCCUCACUGGCGUGCUGAUGUGGGAUGAGCAAGUAGAGAGUUUCAAGUGGGUUUUCGGUGAGUUUCUCCAUAUGAUGGGAGGACCGGCACCUAAAACCAUCCUGACAGUAAAGUUUAUCCAAAUAGCAUGCAUUGUUAGUGCAAAUGGCACACUCCGAAGAAAGCAAAGGAGAGCCUAGUGCCACUCUACAUGAAGAAGUGUGAGUUCCAAGCUGAGUUCUAUAAAGGCGUGAACCACAUGUUGACUACGGAUGAGUUUGAGACAGUACAACCUGAGGAAGAAUGACCCAGAUAUAUGAAACAAGAUCAAAGUGGGCGAAGCCAUACUUCAAAGGUGUUUUCUGCACCAAAAUGACAAGUAUGCAAAGAAGCGAGAGUGCGAACAAGAUGCUGAAGUCCUAUAUGCCCCAACGAGCCUGAUGCACGUCUUUGUUAGGCAAUACAUGAGGCUCCAGUUUGACCACGAGAGGGAGGAAAGCUAUGAGAAGAAAAAGACAAUGCUUGGUGGUACUCCAAACUAAUGGGAUACAUAAUUGACUGGCUGAAGAAGGCAAGGAUAAUGGGAACGGGCAGAACCAUCGCACUGACUGAUAUGCUUCAUCUGGGCUGCAGUUUAAUGUAUAGUUGUUGCGCAUUGCAGUUCAUGUUCUGGGUGCUGCUCAUAGAUUGCUGGUCCCCGUACAUUCUUGACAUAGAGAAGAAGGAAUUUAUGGUGCUCGAUCCAACUGAGACUGAUCUAGCAGAUGAGAUGAACAGGAAGCACGAGGCUUUGGCGAGGAAAUUCCAGCUCAGAUUAUGCCACCGUUUUAAUGACAUGUUUGGUGCUGGCUUGGUCGAGACUAUUGGGUGGACCUUUAUGUACCUCUUAGUGGGGCAGCAUGAACCAUGUACGAGGGAGGAAAGUGACGUCUACAUCCUGGGGUUCACCGGGCUUUACCUUCGUUCAAUGCUUAGCUCGGAGCAGCUAGAUCACCUUCGGCAGAGAAUUGCAUACGAGAUUGUGAUCAUGAUGGGAACAAGGGAGAUCUCCCAGAUUUCCUGUGCGAGGAGAUCAUUGACUGAAGGGAAUGAAUUGUGGUUCAACAUUCAUGCUGGCUGUUCAGAUCUUUGGUCCGUACGACGCGAGUGCUAUGUCCGUGGAAGUGCCCCUCUUAUGUUUCGGGGGCUUUUGGAGCACCCCAACCCCAGCAGAACCUGAAAUCCAAUGGAACUUCUUUGAAUUUGUACUUUUUUAAGACCUAAGUAGAGUUGGUAGAACCACUUCUGUGGAGUGUUGCGAGAUGCCACAUCAUUUAAGCAUCAGCGCCUGUAUUUGUAAAGCCACUUGAAAUUUCAUGGAAUUUACUUCCAUUAGUUGUUGAAAACCCCAAGCAGAUAACUGUAUUUCUAAAGCUCAAGCAGAGUACUUGGAACUAAAUCUGUGACAUGUUUUCAGACGCCAAAACAUGAUCUUCUGAAUUUGAAAAUCACACCCGUACGUGA